AUGGCCGCCGCCAAAGAAUACAAAGUAGCCGAAUUGACCCCCGCCGAUUUCGAAGAAUGGUCAGCCCUAUUCAACAAGUAUCUCGACUUUUACAAAACCUCGCUUGACCAGGAGCAGUACAGAAAGACCUUCGAACGUCUUACCCAGAAGUGUAAUGAACUGCAGGGCUUGGUCGUGAGGGAAGUGGGCGACGAAUCCACCAUUGUUGGGUUUGCUCACUUCUUUCCCAUGCAAACUACUUGGAGUGAGAAGAGAAUUAUGUUUCUUGAUGAUCUAUUUGUCGACUCCUCUGCUCGCAACCAAGGUCUAGGACGCAUUCUAAUCCAGUCAGUCGCAGAGAUUGCAAGGUCUAGUGACUGCCUUCGUGUGCAGUGGACAACACAACAUGAUAAUCUGACAGCCCAAGCACUCUACAACAAGAUGGCCACGAGUCUAUUCAAAGAGUAUCGCUUGGCGCUAAACUGA